AAGAAAAUAUAUGAAAGCCUUUGGUUAAACAACUCCACCAUGGAGUUCAUUGUUUUGCUACCUUGUAACAAAAAUAGACCUCGAACCGGCAGAAAGAUUGAAGUGUCUAGUCCUAGUUGUGUUCGAGAAUGGCUUGGAGAAAGGAGUGCUUGGACCUCGUACUGGUGCCACUAGGUUUAAUGAUCAUGUCUGGCUACCAUCUCUACCUUCUACACAGAUGUGUAAGAUCUCCGGAGACCACAGGCAUUGGCCACGAAAAUCAUUACAGAAAGGCUUGGGUUGAGAGAGUAUUGCAGGUAGAGGGAAAAGAAAGGGGUUUAUAUUUAACAGUAAUAGCUAGCACCAUAACAGCAUCAACUUUCUUGGCAUCGACCUCUCUAGCUCUAAGCUCUCUAAUCGGAGCAUUGGUAGUCAGCUCUUCUCAUAACAUCUUCAUAAACAGUGUCGUAUAUGGUGAUACAAGUUCAUCAGUCAUCACUGUCAAGUAUAUCUUCCUGCUCAUAUGUUUCCUAGUGGCUUUUGCUUCUUUUCUUCAAUGUGCGAGGUCCUUAGUCUAUGCCAACUUCCUUAUCAGCAUGCCAAAUAGUGAUAUACCAGUGAGUUACGUGCAGAAGGCAGUUAUAAGAGGAAGCACUUUUUGGUCUAUUGGGUUAAGAGCGAUCUACUUUGCCACAAAUUUGCUGAUGUGGAUUUUUGGUCCAAUACCCAUGUUCGUAACGUCAUUGGUUUUGGUGGCGAUUUUGAACAUUUCUGACACAAAUUCAACCCCAUUCCAUCAGUUUAAAUCUGCUAAGAGUCAUAGCAUGUUCAGGAGGAUAAGUGAGGAGGUACAUCUGCACUUGCAACAGUAAUUGAGCGCAAUGAAAAGAAACAUGGAGUUGGUAAAUCAACAGGUCAAGAGCCAUAAUAUUGUUAAAUAUAAUUUAUAAUUUUCAAAAUCUUUUAUUAGCUUUUAUGGUCUUUUUCAGUUGUCUUUUAUUAGCUUUUAUGGUCUUUUAUUAAGAGGAAAUAUUUCUACUUCUUCAUUAAUUAAGUUUUGUAGUUUUUUUACUCUUCCUUGUACUAUAAAAGGUCAGCAGAACAAGGAAAAUAUAACAAGAUUUGCCUCUGA